AUGGCAGCAGCAUUGGAAGACCCUUCGGUCCCUCCCGUGCGCAUCUCCAAGAUCGCAGAUCGCUACCUCGUCUUCGACGCUGAAGAUGUGGCCACAAUUAGGCGCAGCCACAACAUCUGCUCCGUUCUGGUGGGAACGACCCCGCAGAACCCAACACAAAACGUGUUUCUCAGUCUGCCGCUGGAGUUGCUACCCGAGGAGGCCAGCGUGCUCAUCGAGAACAAGGUAGGCCGCCUCGUCGAAGAGGCUUCGCAUCACCUGUCGUCCCUACGCUCUCCGGACAAGGCCACCCGCCAGGCCUACAUUGCACUACUGAAAGAACGUCGAAGCAAGGCGCAGAAGCUGCUGGCAGAGGAUCAGGCCAAGAAGGCAGCUACGGAACAGACGCGGAGGAACAAGGGCGCCAAGUCGGCCGCGGCCCAGCCAAAACCUGGUUCCGAGGUGGAUGAUUCUCUGUUUGGAAGUGCCGUGCCAGACAAGAGCUCCAAACCCCGUGAUGGCGUGGAUGCCAAGCCGUCCGUGGCAGUCACGCCGACAACCAGCGAAGGUCUCGUGCCUUUAGGCGAAGUUGAGGAAACAGUGCCUCAACCUCUCGCCGGGCCGUUGCACCAACACUUGCAGUCUAGAGGAUACUUCAUGACUCCUGGUCUACGUUUUGGCGCUGAUUACAGUGUAUACCCGGGUGAUCCAUUGCGGUAUCACGCCCAUUUCCUCGCUACAAACUACGAUUGGGAUGAGAAGAUACCGAUGCUUGACAUCGUCGGCAGUGGCCGUCUGGGAACUUCAGUGAAGAAGGGCUUUUUGUUUGGCGGAGAGGUUCCCGACGUCAACGGUGGUACGAAGCAUGUGCGCGCAUUUUGCGUUGAAUGGGCAGGAAUGUGA